AUGCUGUGCUGCAUGGUGCCCUCACCUGCAGGGGCUGCAUGGUGCCCUCACCUGCAGGGGCUGCAUGGUGCCCUCACCUGCAGGGGCUGCAUGGUGCCCUCACCUGCAGGGGCUGCAUGGUGCCCUCACCUGCAGGGGCUGCAUGGUGCCCUCACCUGCAGGGGCUGCAUGGUGCCCUCACCUGCAGGGGCUGCAUGGUGCCCUCACCUGCAGGGGCUGCAUGGUGCCCUCACCUGCAGGGGCUGCAUGGUGCCCUCACCUGCAGGGGCUGCAUGGUGCCCUCACCUGCAGGGGCUGCAUGGUGCCCUCACCUGCAGGGGCUGCAUGGUGCCCUCACCUGCAGGGGCUGCAUGGUGCCCUCACCUGCAGGGGCUGCAUGGUGCCCUCACCUGCAGGGGCUGCAUGGUGCCCUCACCUGCAGGGGCUGCAUGGUGCCCUCACCUGCAGGGGCUGCAUGGUGCCCUCACCUGCAGGGGCUGCAUGGUGUCCUCACCCGCAGGGGCUGCAUGGUGCCCUCACCUGCAGGGGCUGCAUGGUGCCCUCACCUGCAGGGGCUGCAUGGUGCCCUCACCUGCAGGGGCUGCAUGGUGCCCUCACCUGCAGGGGCUGCAUGGUGCCCUCACCUGCAGGGGCUGCAUGGUGCCCUCACCUGCAGGGGCUGCAUGGUGCCCUCACCUGCAGGUGCUGCUUCUCCUCGAGUCCGUGUCCGGAAUAAACAGGGGCUGCUUCUCCUGGAGUCCGUGUCUGGAAUGA